UGGUCGUGAUGAUAAGAAUUAGAGGAUUACGCCUUUCUAUAUAAGAUUUUAUAAGCAUUGUAAUCCCCGCACAUCAUUGGAAUCAAAUAUUAAAGACUUGACACUAUUUUCUUGUGUUGAUUAUUUGUUUAUCAGGAAGAAAAAUUUAGUUGUUACACACCCACUAGCCAAAAAGCCCUUAAGAAGCAUGUCCUCUUCAUCGACAAAAUUGAAAAUGGCCCUAGCCAAGAGGGUUUUAUCGAGAGUAGGCUCAAUUGCUGCAACAGUCAUGUUGGUUCAUACGAUAAUCCACAACUACAUCCCCAGGGAACUCCAUGCAUAUCUCUUCUUUGGGUUCAAAAACAUGUUCACCAAGUUCUCAAAACAGCUAACGAUGGUGAUUGAGGAAUUUGAUGGCCUGGUCAACAACAAAAUUUAUGAAGCUGCAACAAUCUAUUUGGCCAACAAGUUGUCCCCUCACAUCCGUAGACUUAAAAUAAGUAGGACUGAGAAGGAGAAAAAUUUCAACAUCACCAUGGAACGUAAUGAGGAGGUGAUAGAUGUUUAUAAUGGACAGACAUUCAAGUGGAUUUGGCUCUGCAGACAAUCAGAGUCUAAACACUUCUACAACCCCAGAGACAUGGAUUCCGCUGAGAAAUCUGUAAUAAGGUCCUUUGAGCUGACAUUUCACAAGAAAAACAAGGACCUUGUCCUUAAUUCUUACUUGCCAUACAUCAUGGAAGAAGCAAUAUUGCAAAAACACAAAAACAAGACGAUCAAGAUUCAUACUGUGGGUUACGAAAGGAUGUCCAAUUUACAUGACAUGUGGAAGCCGGUGAAUUUUGAUCAUCCCGCCACUUUUGAGACAAUCGCAAUGAAAUCAGACCAGAAAGACAUGAUCUUGAAGGAUUUGGAGAGAUUCAUGAGGAGGAAAGAGUAUUACAGGAAAGUAGGGAAGGCAUGGAAAAGAGGGUAUUUGUUGUUUGGUCCUCCGGGAACUGGGAAAACUAGUUUGAUUGCUGCAAUAGCGAAUUAUUUAAACUUCGAUAUAUAUGAUUUGGAGUUGACUGCAGUGACGAGGAAUUCAGAUUUAAGGAAGUUGUUGGUUGCCACAACCAAUAAGUCAAUUUUGGUGAUUGAGGACAUUGAUUGUACCAUCAACUUGAAAGCUAAUUUGGUUAAUCGAGCUAUGCAUGUUCGUUCAAAUGAUUUUCAUCAGUCAGAAAGCAUGAUCACCUUGUCAGGUUUACUAAAUUUUAUUGACGGGCUAUGGUCGAGCUGUGGAGACGAAAGAAUCAUAAUUUUCACAACAAAUCACAUAGAAAAACUCGACCCUGCACUGCUGCGACCUGGCAGAAUGGAUGUGCACAUUCACAUGGCAUAUUGCACACCUUGCGGCUUCAAACUUCUUGCUGCAAAUUACUUGGGGAUUAAAGAUCAUAAACUUUUCAAUGAAAUUGAGGAAUUGAUUGACAUAGCCAAUGUGACACCAGCAGAAGUGGCAGAGCAGUUGUUGAAGGAACAUGAAGUUGAAGAUUCACUUAAAGGGUUUAUUAAUUUUCUUCACCAAAAGAUGAAAGAGAAGGAAGAGGCCAUGGAAAUAACUCAAAUGGAGUCUGUUGAUGAGAAGAAAGAAAGUAAUGGAAAUGGGAUUAAAGAAAAAGAGUAA